CCGAAUGCAUGUCGCUUCAACGUCGAAUUUUUUGUUUCAAGUGCGGAAAGUUGGAUGUGAUAACACCUAAGUGUCCAACGUGUAAUCCUGCGGGAAACUCAGUACGGAACGCGAUUACGACGGGGGAAUCGCGCUCCACUCAAACCCCGCACGAUUAGACGCCUCUACGAAUACACAAGCAGGCGAUGAGUUGAGCCGUGCUGCAAACUUAUCUGAAACCAAAACGAAAAAUAUUAUUUCUAGUAAAACAGUAAAUAAGGGAAACAUAGCAAUAACAAGUAAUGGGAGUAGGCCAUCUUACGAAGAUAGACUAAGGAACUAUCUCGAAACGCGCCGACGAAUUUUCGCGGUUAGUGCCCUAAUGGGACGCCGAGGAGUGUCGCGAAGAAUACAAAAGACCCGUGAAAGAUUCCAACAGCGGAAAACACUGCGGCAAAAAGUCGUAGCGUCGAUAAGAAACGCGGAUCAACAGGAUCCGCGCGUUUACGCAGACAUAGAAAUAAAAGGGGUAUUGACACGCGGCUUAUUAGACACUGGGGCGUCCGUAAGCAUUCUGGGCCGGGGCUGUCGCGAGUUCGCGGAAGAGAUAGGCGCGCCAAUCGAACAUUACUUUUCUUGUGUAAAAACCGCAGGCGGUCGCGCGCACAAUGUGCUAGGCAAGCUCACCAUACCUGUGAAAUAUAAAAACUUAGAACAGAACAUUACAUUUUUUUUAUGCCCAUACCUAGAGCAAAAGAUUUACCUUGGGGUGGACUUCUGGCGCGCUUUCCGUUUGGCCCCAGAAGUGAUAUCCGUGAAUGAAAUUGAUUUGACCAAGUUAGAACAAGAGAUGGUGUCCGAAGAAGACAGGAAUGAGCGGCACGUGUUGCAUAGCCUUUCGGCAGACCAAAAAGAACGCUUGGAGCUGGUGGUGAGUGGUUUUAAAACUUACGAAAAGCACGGAUUGGGACGUACUCAGUUGGAAAAGCACUCUAUAAAGUUGGUCGAUGAAGCAGUACCCAUAAAAGACCGCCACUAUCCAUUGUCUCCGGCGAUGCAAGCAAUCGUGUAUGCUGAAGUUGACAAGAUGCUAGAAUUGGGUGUGACCGAAGAAAGUGAAAGCCCGUGGAGCAAUCGUACGACAAUC